AUGGCUUCUGGGCAAUGUCUAAACAAGCAGAAAACUUCUACCAUGUUUAGCUCUAAUGGGAGGAAUGAAGAUUGGAACAGAAUAGUGGAGGAGCUUGGAGGUAGGGUGCAAAAUAACUAUGAACGAUACUUAGGUCUACCUGCUCUAGUGGGAAGAUCAAAGUAUAAUACUUUUCGAGGAAUUAAGGAUAGGAUCUGGCUCAAAAUCAAUAAUUGGAAAAAUUAUUUUCUUUCACCUGCUGGAAAGGAGGUUCUUCUAAAGGCAGUAGUCCAAGCUAUUCCAUCCUACCACAUGAAUGUCUUUGCUUUACCAAAAAAGUUGUGCAAGGAGAUUGCUGUUCUCAUGUCUAAAUUCUGGUGGAGAUUGCUGUUCUCAUGUCUAAAUUCUGGUGGGGCUAUAAGGACAAUGACAAGAAGAUUAAUUGGAUGA